UGUGUCCCUUUGUCCCAGCCUUUCUUCAGGCUCCUGAACCUGCGCAAGCUGGGCCUGAGCGACAAUGAGAUCCAGAGGCUGCCCCCCGAGGUGGCCAACUUCAUGCAGCUGGUGGAGCUGGACAUCUCCCGCAACGACAUUCCAGAAAUUCCUGAAAGCAUCAAGUUCUGCAAAUCCCUGGAAAUCGCAGACUUCAGUGGGAAUCCUCUCUCCAGGCUGCCCGAGGGCUUCACCCAGCUCCGGAGCCUGGGCCACCUGGCCCUGAACGAUGUGUCCCUGCAGAGCCUCCCCACUGACAUUGGGAAUUUGGCAAACCUGGUGACUUUGGAGCUGCGUGAGAACCUGCUAAAGACUCUCCCCACCUCCCUCUCCUUCCUUGUCAAGUUAGAGCAGUUGGAUCUCGGUGGCAAUGACCUGGAAGUGCUGCCGGACACUCUGGGCGCGCUCCCGAACCUGCGCGAGCUGUGGCUGGACCGGAACCAGCUCUCGGCCCUGCCACCGGAGCUGGGCAACCUGCGCCGCCUGGUGUGCCUGGACGUGUCUGAGAACAAGCUGGAGCAGCUGCCCAACGAGGUCAGCGGGCUGGUGGCCCUGACGGACCUGCUGCUGUCACAGAACCUGCUGGAAUGCAUUCCCGAUGGGAUCGGUCAGCUGAAGCAGCUCUCCAUCCUCAAGGUGGACCAGAACAGGCUGACAGACAUGACAGAGUCGAUUGGGGACUGUGAGAACCUCUCUGAGCUCAUCCUGACUGAGAACAUGCUGACGGCCUUGCCCAAGUCCCUGGGCAAGCUGGCCAAGCUGACCAACCUGAACGUGGACCGGAACCGGCUGACAGCGCUGCCAGCAGAGAUCGGGGGCUGUGCCAACCUCAACGUGCUGUCCCUGCGUGACAACCGCCUGGCACUGCUGCCCCCCGAGCUGGCCAACACCACCGAGCUGCACGUGCUGGACGUGGCUGGCAACAGGCUGCAGAACUUGCCCUUUGCUUUGACAAAUCUUAAUCUGAAGGCCCUGUGGCUGGCAGAAAACCAGUCCCAGCCCAUGCUGAAGUUCCAGACCGAGGAUGAUGAGAAGACAGGAGAAAAGGUUCUCACUUGCUACCUGCUCCCCCAGCAGCCCUCUCCCAGCCUGGAGAACCUGCUGCAGAACAGUGUGGAUGAGAGCUGGACAGACAGCAACUUGAACAGAGUCAGUGUGAUCCAGUUCCUGGAUGAGCCCAAAGGGGAUGAGGAUGAGGAGUCUGGAGCCGAGAGACGGGGCCUGCAGCGCAGAGCCACCCCUCACCCCAGCGAGCUGAAGGUGAUGAAGAAGGUGAUCGAGGUGCGGCGCAGCGAGGUGAACGCUGCCAAGGCUGAUGCCAACCCCAGCUCCCCCAACUCGGAGGUGAAGAGGCUGAGUGCCACUCCCUGCCUGAAGCCCUGGUUUGCUGUCAAUCCUGGCAUCUUCAUCUCCCGCGUGUCCGAGGAGGGUCCUGCGGCUCGGGCAGGGGUCCGUGUUGGUGACAAGCUCCUGGAGCUGACCCUGACCAUCGUGCGGCAGACGGGCGGGCUGGGCAUCAGCAUCGCCGGGGGCAAGGGCUCCACGCCCUACAAGGGGGAUGACGAGGGCAUCUUCAUCUCCCGGAUUGCAGACGGUGGGGCCGCGCACCGGGACGGGAUCCUGCGCGUCGGGGACAGAGUCAUCUCGCUCUGA